GACAACUGGAAAUGACUCAUCAGAGACAAUGUUAACAUAUUUCUGUUUUUUUUUCUCUCUCUCUUUCUACUAGAUUGUGUUUGUGUGACCAACCAUGAUCCUGAACACCUCAGACCUGGGCUGGGAUGAGUCCUCAGGUGCUGAACCCUUGUUCCCAGUGGACCAGCCGGACAGCUCACCUCCAUAUGAAGUGCCCCCUCUCACGGUUUGGGGAGUGGCCCUCUGUGUUUCAGGAACUCUCAUCGCCGCCGAGAACGCAAUCGUGGUCACCACCAUCCUGGCCACCCCGUCCCUUCGCGCCCCCGUCUUCUUGCUGCUGGCCAGCCUCGGACUGGCUGACCUCCUGGCAGGUGUGGCCCUCAUCCUGCACUUCCUCUUCCUGUUCUGCGUGGAGCCCAGCGAUUGGUCAGAGCUGCUGACCUCGGGACUGCUGGUGACGUCGCUGACCGCCUCACUCUGUAGCCUCAUGGGUGUCGCCCUGGACAGGUAUCUGUCUCUGAGCCAUGCACUCACCUACGGCUCUAGCCAAUCACGACGCAGAGCCGCCAUCCUCCUGCUGCUGGUCUGGCUGGGCGCGGGCGUCAUUGGGGCGGGACCGGCGAUGGGAUGGCACUGUCUGGAGGAGCCAAAUUCCUGCUCCGUAGCACGACCUCUGACUCGGACGUAUCUGUCACUGCUGUGUGGUGGCUUCCUUGUGGUCGUUGUGGUAACCCUUCAAUUGUACGCCGGGAUCUGCCGCGUGGCGAGGCGGCACGCCCACGCCAUCGCCACCCAGAGGCACUUCCUCCCUUCCAACCAACCAUAUGCAACCAAACACGGCAGCGGGAGGGGCUUCUCUCGGUUGAUCCUGGUCCUCAGCGUGUUCGUGGGCUGCUGGAUGCCUUUCUCGCUGUGGGGGCUGCUGGGAGAUGCGUCCAGCCCUCCUCUGUACACCUAUGCCACCUUGGUGCCAGCAGCAGGCAGCUCCCUGCUCAACCCCAUACUCUACAGUCUAAGAAACAAAGACAUUCGCAAGGUGCUGCUCCACGCCUGCUGCCCACACAGAUACUCACACAGCACACACAUACACUACCCUGUUGAUGUGUAGA